GGUCGGUUUAAGGGUGGUCUGACCCCUUGUGCAUUAUCAAUAGUCGCCUAGCGAACACCUUAGGGGCGAAACUCCCUUGCGCGCCCGUUAAAAUCAGUGCGUAAACGAAAUCCCGCGCAAUAAGUAAAAGAGAGAGGGAGAACCCAAGCCGGCAUCUCACCGUUCCGCUUCACGAUCGUUCAUUUGACAGUGACUUCGAGCAUCGGUUCAGUUGUCCGCGUGUCUUUUUCAGUGUUUAACCGUUUAAAAUAGUGUCGAAGGUGCUGUUUAUUCAUCAUGGAUAAUCAGCAAAACGGUGGCUCCACGAUUAAACCGGGCCAGGACGAAGACAGGAAACUGUUCGUGGGCGGCCUCACCCUAGAAACCACCGAAAAAGAGCUCCAAGACUACUUCAGUCAAUUCGGCGCCAUUCAGAACGUGAACGUCAAAGUGAACCCUCAGACCGGUAAAUCUAAGGGCUUCGCCUUUGUUUUAUUCAAUUCCGCGGACACCGUCGAUCAAGUGCUCGCCCAAAAGGAACACGUAAUUAACAAUAAAACGGUGGACGCCAAAAAGGCCAAAGCGAAACCCGGUAAAAUAUUCGUCGGGGGCAUCACGCCCGACUUGACCGAUGACGACAUCAAGCAAUACUUCUCCCAAUUCGGGAACAUCACCCAAGUGGAGAUGCCCUUCGACAAGAUCAAGAACCAACGCAAAGGGUUCUGCUUCAUCACGUUCGAGAACGACAGCAUCGUGAGGGAUCUACUGAAAAAACCGAAACAGACGAUCAAAGACAAGCAGGUGGACGUGAAAAAGGCGGCCACGCAGCCCAACAACAUGAUGGGCGGCCGUGGAGGUUUUGGAGGACGCGGGGGCGGCCGCGGAGGUGGCCGUGGCGGUCAAGGAGGUUGGGGCGGCGGCGGCGGUUGGGGCCAAGGAGGCUGGGGUAACGACUAUGGUUACGGUGGCGGCUACGACAACGGAUACGGUGGUGGUGGCGGCGGAGGCGGCGGCUACGACUACUACGGGGGCGGAUAUGGUGGCGGCUACGGAGGCGGCAUGGACUCUGGCUACGGAGGCCCCACCGGAGGUAGUUACGGAGCUGGAGGUGGUGGUGGUGCUCGUGGAGGCAGUCGAGGGGGACGUGGAGGCGGCAGAGGAGGCCAAAGGCACCAGCCCUACUAGACGAGUAGACUAGGAGAAAAUGUGUGAGAAUCUGUUUUGUGUGAUCGUAAGAACUAAUGAAAGUCAAUGGAAAAACCAUAAUGAAUCUUCCAUAAGUUUAUUUUUCAGUUGUCCUGUGCUUCAAUUGGCUCAGGACUUUGUUCAUUUUUCAUUAUUAUUUUUUCCUCUCAUUUUGUAUGUAAUUAGGGCUAUUUUUGUAACAGUUCAUUCAGUUCCGAAAUUGUUGACAAUUUGGACCGAUGUUUGACUUUUAUCUUAUUUUCCAUUUAUAAUAAUAAUAAUAACUAAUAAAUAAUCUCUCUGAAAAAUC